AAUAAUUACAGUAUCCCGUCCGGACUACGCGCGUAAGAAUUUCCCGUUCGAUGGAGUGCGAACUCUGCGUUAAGGAGUAGGGUUUGGAGUUCACUCCUGUAAUUCGCUUUCGUGGGUCGGAGGCCUGCUACUUCCGUUCAUAGUUUUCUGCGCCGCUGUGCUGCCGCUGCGCUAUUAAGAUGAUGGUCGCCGAUCAAAGUCCCAGUCGAGAAGCCCGGGAAGAGUCUAAGGAGGAAGGGCAGGAAGAAACUGGUGCGGAAAUAAGAGGCGAAGAACCGGAGGAAGAGGAAAAUGGACAGUCUCCUUCGCAUCUCCCUUUCGCCCCUUCAUCACAGUUAUCUGAUACGACAACGGUGGAUCCCAGCUAUAUCAUUUCUCUAAUAAGGAAGCUUUUACCAAAUAACACAAGGACUCAAAAACAAUGUCAAAAUGCUACUUGCAAUUUGUAUCCUGUUGAAACAUCAAAGGAGUGUCCUUUGGAAGAGAACAUGGUGGGAGAAUCUAAUUACAUGAAGAAAGUAGGAGACACGGAAGCUAUUAAUAAUUCUGUCCCCCAUAAUAUUGUAAAUGAUAGUGAGGGUUCGACUAAUGAUCACUUUGUUGAUUGGACAUAUUCCUCUGCUUCCACAUAUAAUGGGAUGGGACCUGAUUCUAGAAAUGACGACACUGGUUCUGAUGAUAAUGCAUGGGAAGACUCCGGAUGCAUUAUCUGGGAUCUCUCUGCGAGCCGAGCUCAUGCAGGAUUCAUGGUCAACAAUUUCAUGCUUGAAGUGCUUCUAGCAAGUCUCCAUUCCUCAAAAUCUCCUCGAAUCACGGAGAUUUGUCUGGGGAUUUUGGGAAAUCUAGCUUGCCAUGAUGUUUCUAGCAAAGCCAUGGCAUCUAAAGAUGGUUUGAUUGAAAUGGUUAUUAAUCAACUAUACUUGGAUGACUCUCCGUGCCUCUCUGCAACAUUCAGGCUUUUAACUGUGUCUCUUCAUGGAACUGGGUCUACGUUGUGGGCAAAAGCAUUACUAUCCGAACAGACAUGUCUACGCAUAAUUUGGAUUGUUGGGAACACAUUAAAUUCAACAUUAUUGGAAAAGAGUAUUGACUUUUUAUUGACUGUGAUUAACAAUGAAGAAGUGUCAAACGUUCUUCUUCAACCCUGGAUAAAGCUGGGUUUGCUAAAUCUUGUAGUUAACUUAUUAUCCUGUGAGAUGAGCAACGUAGAUGAUGAAAACAAGCCAAACAGGACGUCUUUUCUUGAUCCAGUUUUAUGCUUAGUUGAAGCACUUUCUAACAUUGACUGUGGUUUGGAAACGAUCUUUCCAAAUGAGGAACUCUGUCAUUUGGUCUGCCGUGUCAUCAAGCUACCUGAGAAAUAUGAGUACACUAGCUCCUGUGUCUCCGCGGUAGUGAUAAUUGCAAACCUCUUGUUGGAUGGGAAGCAUAUUGCAUCGCAACUUUCACAAGAUCCUGAAUUCUUACAGGGCCUUCUUGAAACCAUCCCUUUUGUUUCUGAUGAUCUGCAAGCCCGUGACGCUCUCUGGUGCAUCUUAGAGACAUUGUUGGUUCAAAUUGAAGAGAGAGAGAUCAGCAUUUCAUCCCUUCACCAUAUUGUGUCAUUAUUUACAGAGAAAUCCAGUCUCAUUAUGGAUGACUUGGAUGGUCAUUAUAUGGAGUAUUCCAACCCUUUGAAUGGUUCCAACACUGGUGCAAUAGUCAGAACCCUUUUGAGAAUUGCUUGCAUCAUAGAUGAAUGGUAUGCCCGGAAAAAUGAAAAGAUUGAGGAAACUGCAAAUAUUGUUGAUUCUGAUGCCAAAGUUCGAAGGCUGCUGCAUUACUGCAGUAAGUACAGUUCUAUGUUUUCGUCUCCAAAUGCACAAGAAUAGGAAGAACAUAAUGGAAGAAAUAAAGGUUCAAAAAGUUUCUUUGCAUCAUCUUACCUUACUUUUCUUCAUAGUAAAUAUUGUUUUGAUUUUAUUUUCUUCACCUUCAAGAACAUUCUUUGUGCGCUUCUGUUACACUAUGAUAUCAAGGUACCAUUAUUGUUUAUAUGAUUUUGCUGCCAUUUAUAAAAUUGGAGAAAUUAUUCUAUGUGCU